AUGUGUGGCAUCUUCUUCUCUGCAGCGAAAGUCCGCCCGCGGUUGCCAGAUCAGGAGACUACGGACGCACUGCAGGCACGAGGUCCAGACAGCUACAAGAUUCUGCAUGCUUCUGACUCAGAUGAUCGCGAAGCGAAUAUUUACUUGACAUUCGUCUCUUCUGUACUGGCACUGCGCGGAGAUCAAGUUCAAGUCCAGCCUUUAGUUGAUUCAUCCUCCGGCUCCCACUUCUGCUGGAACGGUGAGGCCUGGAAAACAGGUAGCCUCGAAGUGCAAGGCAAUGAUUCUGCAUACAUUUGGAAUCUGCUCCGUCAGGCUAGUCGAACUCACGAGGAUGAACGUCACCAGCACAUUUCCGAGGUUCUUGCAAGCAUAGCAGGCCCUUUUUCGUUUGUAUUUUAUGACGCGCCCAGUCAUACCGUUUAUUAUGGGCGAGACAGGCUAGGACGCCGGUCUCUCCUCGUCGAUCGAUCUGACGCUGGCUCGCUGACCCUGUCUAGUAUCAGUACUCCGGGUCGCAGGACGACAUUCGAAGAAGUGUCUACCGACGCAAUCCAUUAUCUCACCCUCAAGAAUGGCCAAAUCACAUUGGGACAGUUGCCAUGGCUAGACGUUCCACCCACAAUGAACAAGGCUUUACCUGUCGAAUCUCCAUCAAUGAUCCCUUCUACUGCAAGUGUCCGACAACUCAUCGACCAUUUGCGGAAUGCUGUAGCCCUGAGAGUGAACGACAUCCCAGAGCAUCGCCCUUCACAUUUACAGCUCGACUCAGCCAAAGUGGCCAUAUUGUUCUCGGGCGGCCUAGACUGUACGCUCAUCGCUCGGCUAAUCCACGACAUCUUGCCAUGUACUGAAGUGAUAGAUCUGCUCAAUGUGGCAUUCGAAAAUCCACGCUCUAUUGCCGCGAAUGGCACCAGCGUCGACACGGCUUAUGAGCUCUGCCCUGACCGAACUACAGGGCGCUCUAGUUUUGCAGAAAUUUGCCGUGUCUGCCCCGAGAGAACAUGGAGAUUCGUGGCCAUUGACGUCCCGUACUUGGAGUCGCUUGCCCACAAGAACACAAUCAUCAAGCUCAUGCACCCGCACAAUACUGAAAUGGACCUGUCUAUUGCCAUGGCACUUUACUUUGCCUCACGCGGCUUCGGAAAGCUUGCAGAGAAUCAACCGCCCGUUCAGAAGACACAACAUUCUAUCUCGACGGCUCGAGUUCUGCUUUCGGGGUUGGGUGCCGAUGAACUAUAUGCUGGAUACUCUCGACAUGCAGCUGCUUUCGCCCGUGGAGGUUAUGCUGAGCUUGCAAACGAGCUCGAGCUUGACUUCAAUCGCAUUGGCUCUCGGAAUCUUGGUCGUGACGACCGCGUCAUGAGUCAUUGGGGCAAAGAGAUCCGCUAUCCCUACCUGGAUGAGGAUUUUGUAGAAUUCUCCUUGGGUCUACCUGUUUGGGAAAAGACUGGUUUCCGAGAUGGUAAGCCUGUCCCAAAGCAUUACGAAACGGCUGGCAAAGUGCAUAAGCCUGAGGACCUUGAACCCGCCAAAAUGUUGCUGCGACUAGCCUUAUGGGAACUUGGUGUCACAACGGCUGCAACCGAACGGAAAAGAGCCAUCCAAUUCGGUGCACGCACGGCCAAGAUGGACGUCGGCAAAGGACGGACGAAGGGCACCGACGUCCUACUGCCGGACGGCUAG